AUGGAUGCGUACCAGCGAGACGGCAAUCUGCUGGAGUCGUUUGGGGCAUCGGUCAUGAUGAUCAGUAGCUGGUCUCCUCCUCAGGAUCUUCUUAUCAACAUCGCGUUUCAUUAUGGGAAUAAGCAUGAGCAGAGAACUGUCGACCAGAUUCUUGCUUCGGUGACAAGCAACGAUAGCUUCCAGGAGAUCCUGAUGUCCUGUAUGUCCAACCUGAUUCCUGUGCGAGUUGAAGAGCAGAAUCACAGACUUGCUGCAGUCUUGAGCUUCUACACUCGGGAGAAGGACAGAAACAGAAGAGAUGGUACCUUCGCGGGACCUCUUCGUGCAAGUAUAGCAAGCAGGACGCGAACCAGAGGAGGAGCGGAGAUGAAGAACAGGAAACAUCCCGUUUAUUCAAGUCAACUUUCAGACAUCAUCUCACGUCUCGUGCCUAAGAAUCUGGGUGUUAGUCUAUGCAUGGUACCGAAGAUCGCAGAAGGCGCUCUUGAAGGCUGGACGGCCUCUUCGAUUCAGACUGAUGCAAGAGAACUCAAGGCGAAGAAGGAAUGGAGGAUCAAGACAUUGCACUGGUCAAGAGAAGAGUGCUCAUGGUUGUGGAGGUUGGAGCUGAAACCCAACGUUUUUGCCGCCUAA